ACGUGUCGGCAGCGGAGCGCGAGCGCCAGUGCUGCGAUAACAACAAGGCGGCGGCUGGCCCAGGGUGGCUAGGUCUCCCUUCCCUCGCGCCACGGGUUUGUGAGUGUAGCUCCACCGGCCCAGCCUGGCUGCAGACUGGGGAGGGGAAAGUGGAGGCCCGGCUCGGCCCGGCCCGCUCUGGCCUGGCUCCGCCCCCUCCGCUGAACCGUGGCCGGCCGAGGCGAGAGAAGCUUCACCACAGCCGUAGGCCGCGCCCGGAUAGUGGCCGCUGCCCGCGGCCCAGGUUUUACCAAGGGACAGUACAUCUAACACUUAACUUGGAUCAUCUCUUGUUCAUCAGCUUGAAAAUCAUAACAACCCCCAAAACUGAAAUUUGAUCUGAAAGAAAAGGCUGUGAUAAAUGGACAAUAUGUCUAUUACUAACACACCAACAAGUAACGAUGCUUGUCUGAGCAUUGUUCACAGCUUGAUGUGCCAUCGACAAGGUGGAGAGAGUGAAACUUUUGCAAAACGUGCAAUUGAAAGUUUAGUUAAAAAGCUAAAGGAGAAAAAAGAUGAAUUGGACUCUUUGAUUACAGCUAUAACCACAAAUGGAGCUCAUCCUAGCAAGUGUGUUACAAUACAGAGAACACUGGAUGGGAGGCUUCAGGUGGCUGGUCGCAAGGGAUUCCCUCAUGUGAUUUACGCUCGUCUUUGGAGGUGGCCUGAUCUUCAUAAAAAUGAACUCAAGCAUGUUAAAUAUUGUCAGUAUGCUUUUGACUUAAAAUGUGACAGUGUCUGUGUAAAUCCAUACCAUUAUGAGCGUGUAGUAUCACCUGGCAUCGAUCUCUCAGGACUGACACUACAGAAUUCUGGUCCAUCAAACAUGUUGGUGAAAGACGAAUACGUUCAUGACUAUGAGGGGCAGCCAUCGCUGUCUUCUGCUGAAGGCCAUUCAGUCCAAACCAUCCAGCAUCCUCCAAGUAACAGGGCAUCCACGGAGCCUUAUAGCACCCCAGCCAUGUUAGCUCCUACUGAGGCUAGCACUACCAGCACCACUAAUUUUCCCAACAUUCCUGUGGCUUCAACAAGUCAACCUACCAGUAUAUUGACAGGUAGCCAUAGUGAUGGACUCUUACAGAUUGCUUCAGGGCCUCAGCCAGGAACUCAGCAGAAUGGGUUUACAGCUCAGCCAGCUACUUACCAUCACAAUAGUACUACAACUUGGACUGGAAGUCGGACAGCUGCCUACACACCCACCAUACCUCACCACCAGAAUGGUCAUCUUCAGCAUCAUCCACCUAUGCACCCUGGACAUUACUGGCCAGUUCACAAUGAACUUGCAUUCCAACCUCCUAUAUCAAAUCAUCCUGCUCCAGAAUAUUGGUGUUCCAUCGCAUAUUUUGAAAUGGAUGUGCAAGUUGGAGAAACAUUUAAGGUACCUUCAAGCUGUCCCAUUGUCACUGUUGAUGGAUACGUGGAUCCUUCUGGAGGAGACCGUUUUUGCCUGGGCCAGCUUUCCAACGUGCAUAGAACAGAAGCCAUUGAGAGAGCAAGAUUGCACAUAGGUAAAGGGGUGCAGUUAGAGUGCAAAGGAGAAGGUGACGUGUGGGUCAGAUGCCUCAGUGACCAUGCAGUCUUUGUUCAGAGUUACUACCUGGAUAGAGAAGCAGGGCGUGCACCUGGGGAUGCUGUCCACAAGAUUUACCCAAGUGCAUAUAUAAAGGUGUUUGAUUUACGCCAAUGCCACCGUCAGAUGCAGCAACAGGCUGCCACUGCCCAAGCUGCUGCUGCUGCCCAAGCUGCAGCAGUAGCUGGAAACAUCCCUGGACCAGGAUCAGUAGGUGGAAUAGCCCCAGCCAUUAGUCUGUCAGCUGCUGCUGGGAUUGGUGUAGAUGACCUUCGCCGCUUGUGCAUACUCAGGAUGAGUUUUGUAAAAGGUUGGGGACCUGAUUACCCAAGACAGAGCAUCAAAGAGACACCGUGCUGGAUUGAAAUUCACUUACACCGCGCCCUCCAACUUCUAGAUGAAGUACUCCAUACCAUGCCGAUUGCAGACCCACAGCCUUUAGACUAAGAUCCCUCUGCUGCACUGCUGUGGGCUGUGAUUUUUGUGAGAAUGAUGGAUUGUAAAAUACAAUCCUGUUUAUAACCUGAAGAUACAUUUUACUUUAGUUCUGCUUAGUCUCCUAAAAAACGGGUUUUAAAAAUUAAUUUACUGCCUUGCUCUUAGCAGAAAGAAACCGAACAUGCAGAAUUUGAUUUUCAGUUAUUUUCAUAGAAUCAUAGAAUGGUAGGGGUUGGAAGGGACCUUUAGAGAUCAUCUAGUCUAACCUCCCUGCAAAAGCAGGUUCACCUAGAUCAGGUCGCAUAGGAACAUGUCCAGGCGAGUCUUGAAGACCUCCAAGGAAGGAGCCUCCACAACCCUUCUGGGCAGCCUGUUCCACUGCUCUGUCACCCUCACAGUGAAAUAUUUUUUUCUUACGUUUAAGUGGAACUUUUUGUGUUCCAGCUUCAUCCCAUUACCCCUUGUCCUGUUACUAGCUACUAUAGAAAAAAGGGAUGUCCCAACCUCCUGACACCCACUAUAUAGAUAUUUAUAAAUGUUAAUAAGAUCUCCCCUCAAUCUCCUCUUCUCAGAAUUUAAUUGUCAUAAUACAUGGCUCAGGGCUUGAAGUGAAAGGUGAAGGCCCUAGACUCCACAGGAUUGGGUUUGUUAAUUUUGAAACCUCCCUUCUCUAUACUGGUGUCUUUGGUGAAAAAUCAUAGAAUCAUAGAAUGGUAGGGGUUGCAAGGGACCUUUAGAGAUCAUCCAGUCCAACCCACCUGCAGAAGCAGCUCCACCUAGAUCAGGUCACACAGGAAUGUGUCCAGGUGGGUUUUGAAGACCUCCGAGGAAGGAGCCUCCACAACCUCCCUGGGCAGCCUGUUCCACUGUUCCGUCACCCUCACAGGAAAAUAGUUUUUUCUUAUGUUUAAAUGCAACUUUUUGUGUUCCAGCUUCCUUCCAUUACCCCUUGUCCUGUCACUAGAUACCAUCAAAAAAAGGGAUGCCCCAACAUCCUGACACCCACCAUAUAGAUAUUUGUAAAUAUUAAUAAGAUCCCCCUUCAGUCUCCUCGUCUCCAGACUAAACAGCACCAGUUCCCACAGCUUUUCUUUAUAAGGAAGAUGCUCCAGUUCCCUGAUCAAGCCUUAAGCUUGGCCAACAAGUCUUUAACCUCUUCCACCAAGAGCAAGUCCUCUGCUGUCCAGGCCAUCCUACUAUCCUUGCUGGACUAGGCUUCCUGAGGGCCAGUCUUAACUGUAAAGACUGAAGCAAAGAAGGCAUUCAGUAGUUUGGCCUUCUCUGCAUCCUUGGUCAAUAGGACACUCUCUGUGUUCAGCAGUGGGCCCAUAUUCCCCCUAAUCUUCCUUUUGCUGAUGAUGUACCUGAAAACUCCCUUCUUAAUUUAAUUUGCUUUCCUCACAAGGUUUAAUUCUAGAAGGGCUUUAGCCUUCUAAGUUGCACCCCUGCAAGCUCUAGCAGAGUUCCUAUCCUCUUCCCAAGAGAUCAGGCCCUGUUUCCACCUCUCAUAGAUGGCUGCUUUCUGCCUGAGUUGUCCCAGCAGAUCCUUGCUCAUCCAUGGAGGCCUCCUGCUUCCUUUUUCCUGCUUUUGUACUCAUGGGGACACACUGAUCCUGGGCUUGGAGGAAGUGGUGCUUGAAGAUCAAACAGCUCUCUUGGGCACUUCUACCAUCUAGAAUCCUGUCCCAUGAUAUCAUCCAAGCAGAUCUUUAAAGACGCCAAAGUCAGCUCGCCUAAAAUCCAGAGUUAUGGUCCUGCUUUAUGUCCUGCCUCUUCCACACAGGGUUUUGAACUCUGUCAUCUCAUGGUCACUGAAGCUGAGGUUGCCUCCAACCUUCACAUCUCCAACCAGACCCUCCUUAUUUGUCAGCACCAGGUCCAGCAACACACCCCUCCUCAUUGGUUCCUCAGUCACCUGUGACAGAAAGUUUUCAUCAACAAUCUGUAGGAACCUCCUGGACUGUGUGAACUUGGCUGCGUGACUUUGCCAGCAAAUAUCAGGGAGAUUGAGGUCCACCAUGAUGACCAGGGAUUGUGACUGUGCGGCAGCUCUAAACUGUUUGUCGAAGGCCUCAUCCACUUCCUCCUCCUGAUCAUGUAUCCUGUAGCAAACUCCUACAAAAAUAUUGCCUGCUUUGCCCUGCCCCUUAAUAAGCACUCAACCUGCCCCUCAUCCCCACCCAGGCAGAGUUCAAUACAUAUUGCAUAGAGAGCAACUCCACCUCCUCACCUUGUCAGCCUGUCUUUCCUGAACAAUACAUAACCCUCCAUGGCUGUGCUUCAGUCAUGGCAGAUGUCCCACCACGUCUCUGUGACUGCAAUGAGAUUGUUAAAAGAAAAAAAAAAAAAAGCCUCACAGAAGUCUUUUGUAUGCAGAAUAUAUAUUAUAUAUAUAUAUUAUAUAUAUUUAUAUCUGAAAAAUCCUUCUAAUAGUUGUAAACCCUUAUCUUAGAGCAACUUGAAAAUUCCAACUGAUUUGUGAUGUUCUUUUUAUGAAACUAUAGUUAACAGAAAACCUCUUUAUUUUAUUGGCUACCUUUUUCUGGGUUUUUUUUUCAGAUUAAAAAUGUAGAAGCUGCCAAAAAGCUGAGGGAUGAAACAUAACAUUGCUGGCACUGAUUAAAAAUAGCAAGUGUGAGAAAUGUGACUUUUCCUUUGCUAGUUGUUUGGGGUUUUUAAACAUACCUUAGACUUUUAUUUAUACAUGUGAGUUUUAAAACAUUAAAGGAAAUGGAUAUAUUCAGUGCUGGCAUUCAAGUUAUAUUUAACAUGAAAUACCCAGUCUGCAAAGUUGCCAAUGAAAUUGAGUAAUGAGUAACCAAAUGGCAGGAACAUAUUUUCAUAACUGCUACUGACUUUGAUUUUACUCCAGGAAAAAUUGGCAGAUAUUUUAAAAACAGGUGCAUGACUCUUUUUCCUUGCAUAUACCAUUAAAUUGUGUCUGAUAUUCCUACAUCACUAGGAUCCAGGUUUUUUUUUGUAUCAGUUCAACUUUUUCACUUGGGGCAAGAUGGCAGACUUGUUUUUAUAUCUCUUGGUUCUUUUAAGCCCUAUGGCAUUAAGGAUUUUAUCAAUUGGCAAUGACUUUGUAUAGAGAAUUUACAGUAGAAAGAAAAUGCUAAUAUAUUGACUGUAUGACAGAUACAAUAUGUAUACUUUCAUGCUAGGUAAAAUGGCCUCAAUAAAAUGAUGAAAACCCUGAUUUUUAAAAAUAAAAUUAGUUUGCUUCUCUUACAUAAUUUUGCACCUUGAAACUGUGAGUGCUGGAUUACUUCCCUUUUUGCAAGAGCAGCAGCCAACAGCGGUAGGCAUUUUUGUUAGUUGAACUUCCUGGGAAGCAAGCCCAAUCUUAUUUCCUUCCACCGCUUCUCAAGAAAAGCCUCUUCUGAGAAUCUCUCCUUUGGCUAUUCAAGAGAGAGGAGGAAUUCCUGGAUUUUCAGCACAUUUGUAGGGAGUCAGAGCUCAGUUCAACAGGCGGAGGAGUACAUAGGCUCCAACUUCAGUCUUUCAAGCACUGCCAGCCUGCUCUGCAUGCCAGUUCUGGUGGUUAACAGAGGUACAAGUCUUGGAGGAGAUUAUUCUAAGCUUUUUGCCAUAUUUCUUGCAUAUUCAGGCACCUCCUGUGGAGAUCUGUGACACAGAAAUUCUUACAAAAUAAGUCAGUAGUUGUUUCUAUUGUGGAAGGACAGAAGGCAUGACUUUGGGAAAUGGAUGAGUUUUCUCCAGCUUUUCAUUAACAGUGUUGCUUUAUGAAGACUAACUUCCAAGAUGUUUUUCCUCUUAUGUGGCAACAUCUUGAUGACUGGAAAAAAAGCAUUUGCUUUUCUCAAGGCCUUUUAUUUAAAACCUUUUUCAUUUUCCUUUCCUAAUGAUCUACUUUGUCUGAAACCCCAGCUGCUUCAGAUUCUUGAGGAACACUUUCAAUAGAGGGUUCUGACAAGAUUCUUGGAGAAGCUUAUUAAGCAGCAGCCUGGUUAUCCUUCAUCUGCAACGGAAAACUUGAUUUUGGGGAAGAAAUGAGAAGCCUGUUCACAUAUUCUUCUUGCCAGCCUCCCUUUUGAAUUGUUGGCCCUCUUCUUGCUGUUGGGUUCAAGGGGCCUUGGGAAGUGGCUGGCCUUCCAACUGAUGAAUUGCUUAGGACUGACUUAUCAUUUGAUGAGGAGUCCAUGAACUCUUCCAGUUUCAUGUGGGGGCUUUGCAAGGUGCUUCUCUUGGUGGGUGACUGAUCUCUCUAUGGCUACUUUAGCCCUGUUAUUGGUAGUUUUGAAAGAGAAAACAUUUUAAGCUGAUAUGGUAGAGAGAAAGGAGAGGAAAGCUCUGCCCUAGAAUGAUUUAAAAAUCCUGAAUUGUACCAGAAAUCCCUUGGAAGGAGUGGUUAGGGAUGGUUACUCCUUAAUGUCACUCUUCUGGGCUUGAUGAGAGUGCUGUGUGUGGACACUGGCCCCUAACUGUGGUAUAAAACCCUUUGCUAAGGGCUGCAGCAUUGUGCAUCCCUGGGAAGUACUCUGGCUGCUUUUUAGAGAGGGACCUAAUGUAUGAAGGAGAUGAGGGUAUCUUCCCCAUCACCAAACAGGUCUGUAGUAGCAGUAAUUGUUGUACCUGUGUCCAACACCUGUGCCUUACCUUUGAGACUCUUAAGACACUUGUAGAGAUGACGGUGUCUUCUCUGCAUAGCCUCAAUUCUUUUCCUGGGAAUCAUGAAAAAAUUUCUAUGCCAGUGUACAUGGGGGAAGCUUCUGCCUCUGAACCCUUCAAAUGUUGUUUACAUCUUUGAUGGUGGUCUUGAUUGAGACAUCUUUAAUCUCUUUUUGGAAAAGUAAGCGCUUUAGAAAGGACUGUCUCCUUGAUUUGCAUUUUGACUCUGCUGCACAGAGGGCCUGGGAUCACUGAUCACCUCAAAUGUGACUGGUUCAAAGGCAGCCAAAUGGGUCUUCCUCAAAGUGUGAUUCAGACCCCGUUUAAGAAAUCCUUUUUCUUCCCUGCUUUCUCCUGCCAGGCCCCAUGCUACUUAAUAGCUGCUCGAUACAAGCAGAAGAUACUUUCUUGUCAGGUGUUGUGAGGGAUGCAAUUUUUGAGAGAUUGCUUCCUGUUUUAAAGGCAGACUUGAAAACGAUGCUCUCGCCUGCUCCAUCUGGCAACAGGUAUCUUUCCAUGACCAGUAAAGUGUUUUUGAGGACCAUGGUGCCGCUCUGGGGACUGAGAUGUGCCAGUUGCCUGUCGCAGGGUAUUUGUGUUACUCGUGAGUACUAAGCUGGUCCUUUCCACCUCUGAAGUGGCUCGUUGGCACUUUGAUCCUGGACAGGGAAAUGAAACCAAGGGAAAGCAUAUCAUCACCACUCAUGUAGGAGCUGGAUGCUGAGCAUCUUUUGUCAUGUCAUCCACCUCCAAAACGCUCUUCUCCAUUGUGUGUGUCUAAAGAUGAUCUGGGAGGUGUGCUAGUGCUGAGCCAGAGCUGCCACAUGCGAUGCUGCUGAGGCCCCUGAGGCCUCACCUGACUGUUCAGUGCUGUGAAAGUUUCCCUGGGUGAGACCUGCUGGGAAGCAGAACUACUGUCCACAAAAUCUCGAGAGGUUGUAGUAGUGUUGGCUGCUGUUGUGCUUCGUGAGUGAUACAUCACUCCUAAAUUUACAGGACUUAAUUCUUUCAAGCUCACCAGAAACUACCCAAUGCUUUCUUGCUCCAGUACUUUCUUCUGUGUAUUUUCAGUGAACUUUGAUAGCACUGCAAAGUUGUGAUUCAGCUGGACUGAGAGCUGUGAAGUACCUGUAACUCAAAACUUGUUACCAGAGAAUUUUUUUUAAUAUGAAAGCCUCAUUAAGCAUUUCUUCUUUUUGCUUAUCAAAAAGCAAUAGCUAUCAACAGAAUUCCUAGUAGUUCCUUUGUAGCUUACUCUAUGUUUUUCAUUAGACCUAGUUUGUGGAUAAUAUUAGUGUAGUUAACUUUCCUGAAAUUCUUUAACAGAGUGUGGUUUUUAUUAAAAAAGGUAAAGAUUCGAGUUUUUAGCUUCUUUAUUCUAUUCAGUGGAGAGCUUGUACCCUCUUUCCAGCCAGCUGCAAUCUGGAACUAUAUAGGGACUGGGAGAGCUCCUCAGGGCAGGGCUGCCAUGUCACAGGUUCCUCUCCUCUGAGUCAUGCAUGUCAGAUUCUUGAGUGCAACCAGCAUUGAACCAGAGCCAAGUGUGGGUGCUCUUAGCGAUGGGAAUUAUUUCUUUUUAACUGCCAGCUGAGCUGUGUGUGCGAUGAGCUUAGAGUGAGUGCCAGCUCUCUGCAGCUAUAUGUUGGUGAGUGGUUGCUGUCCUGUGUUAGAAAGUGCAUUGGAACUCUGCUCCAUUUGCUCCUGCAGUUGCCAGGCUGCACAACUCUUCCCAAGAAAGGAAUAAAAUACCAACCACCACCAGUCAGGGGAUUGGGGAAUAAAGCAGGUGAUGCAUUUGUGAUGCUCUGGGUUUCUGCUGAUCCCAGUAAGCAACUGCAUCCUAAGGUUAGAGAAAGGGAAAAAAGACAAAUCCACCCUCUGAACCCCAAUGAUAUAAGAGUGGGAGGCAGUGAGAAAAUUCCUCCAUAAUUGCAGACUUGGUGCCCUCUUUGAGCAGGAAUGAUGUAUCAGAGUGGCUUCAGUGUGCAGUUGCUCUGGCUGCAGCUGCAGUGAGAGGGAGGAUACUGAUGCAGAAGUCAUUACCUGUCACAGAUUCACAGAAUGUUAAGGAGUUGGAAGGGACCUUAAAAGAUCAUCCAGUCCAACCCCCCUACCAGAGCAGGACCACCUAGAGUAGGUCACACAGGAACUCAUUCAUGUGGGUUUGGAAUGUCUCCAGAGGAGACGGGUCCCAAGGUGCCAGACUAAUAACUAAUGCAAAUGGUGAUACUUCCACUGAAACAUCUUCCUGGACUUAUAGUCCUGCAGUGAGCUCAUCCAUCACCACCUUAAACCAAUUUUAUCUCCUUACCUCUCCAGAAACCUUUUUAGCCUCUCCCUCCUGGUGCUGUUAGUAACCCUUUGGGAGCUGCUGACCAAUGUAAAACCAUUGGAACUCACUCUGGUAUUACCUUUUAGAGCACUGAGCAACUACGUACUGGCACAUGGUGCUGCACAUUUAAUUUCCCUGAAACAACAAUGUGACUGCAGGCUUGGAGUAAAUCCCAGGAUCCCAGAAUGGUAGGGGUUGGAAGGGACCUUUAGAGAUCAUCCAGUCCAACCCCCCUGCUAACGCACGUCCACCUAGAUCAGAUCACACAGGAACAGACCUAGGUGGGUUUGGAAACCUUCAGAAAAGGUGUAGCAGGACACUCUCCCUAAUGAAAAGACACAAGCUGAAGGUCAUGCUGUUUCUUAGUUGUGAAGGCUGUUACAGAAUAGCCUGACUUGACUAUCUCCAAGGUUAAUUUGGGAGGAUGAGAAAAGCCCUGAGCUAGUGGGCAGUGAAACAGACAUCUCAGAGAUAACGUUGUUGCUGGAAACUAGAUCUUCUUGCUAGCUCUACAGAGAUGUAAAUUCAACAAGAUGACUGACGGUCAAUCACUUUAUUCUAUAAAAGCCCAGUCCCAUUCUGUGAGGUAUGAGAGGAUUUCUGCAUACUCUCCUUUAUAGAGUGUCUGAAAAUCUUCCCCCUUGAGUGGGGAGGCCCCUCAGGGUUACCCUCCAGAGCUGAAAGGAAGGGAAUUGCUCACUGUCUUUGAUAUGGGUAACAUCAUUCUCUAUAAAAUAAGUAAUCUCUAUAAAAUAAGCUAGCUUUAAACUGUUAAUUCAAUUAGUUCUAAGUAGUAGCUACAGUACUAAUAUCAUGUAGUAAGUGUUCCUGUAACCCAUUGCCUACUAAAACAGAAAACCCGUGUUCUUAUCCUGAUUGAAACUGUAUAUGAAAUAUAUUUCCAAUUCCAAUAUUCAUAUUAUUCUGUAAAAAUAAAAUUCUGUUUUGCUAUACCCUCUGAGUUUGCCAUCAUCACCCUGUGGGCACAGGGAACAGAAGGAGACUACACAUCCUCUCUGGACAGCCUGUGCCAGGGCUCCCUCACCCUCAAAGCAAAAGUUUUUCCUUGUGUUCCUGUGGAGCUUCCUGUGUUCCAGCUUGUGCCCGUUACCCCUUGUCCCGUCACUGGGCACAACAGAAAAAAGACUGUCCUCAUCCUCUUGGCACCUGCCCUUCAGAUAUUGAGAAGUGGUGAUAAGAUCCCCCCUCAGUCUUCUCCAGGAUAAACAGCCCCAGGUCUCGCAGCCUUUCCAUGGCACAAAGCUAAAGCAGAACCAAAAAAGUCUUAGUCUGAGCAUCAACUACUCCUGACCUGACAUCCUGUGGGUAAAGUGUGGGCUUCCCAUCCUCAGCAUAAAGAUCAUGAGUCUACAUUGUGUUUUUCAUCUUUCCUUGGGCUCCACAUACAAACUUUUUAGAAACAUCUAUUUCCCCCUCCCGACUGAUGGCAUGGAUGCCAUACAGGGUGGGGGAUAUUCAGCACUGGGGAUAAACUGUCUGAUACUGCCAGCUGAGCCCUGGCCCUGUUGCCAGCUGAUGAUACAGCAUGUGCCCAUGGCAAAACCCCACCUUCAGCAUGGUUGGUUGAUGACCCAAUUUCACUCUUUUCUUGACUUAAGGCAGCCUGACCUGCCCACUUGGGCUGAACCACAGCCUCAGCCUCCACUUCCACAUCACUUCUCCUCAAAGUGUGACAUUCAGAGAACAAAGCUUAGACUUUCCUUUUGCAGCUUUACAUUUCUCCUCCCUGCCAUGUCCCAUGCUGUAGUUUAUGCUGUGGAGCAGAUACUUGCUGGCCUCAAUGUGGGGGACUUCCUACAGCCACUUGAUGCAGAUCGUUUGCCCCAAACCAAUUUGUUUUCUUUGCAACAACCUGCACCUCCACCUCCUUCAGCUCCUUUUGCAGUUAUUUAUUUUAAACUUUACCCAAGCAGCUCCUGGAAAUGCAACAGAACUUUGGAAAACAUCAGCCAAGGGUAUUUUGGGGAAAAAAAAAAAACAAAAAAAAAACCCAAUAAAACACAUCACCCCCCCCCCUCAUUUUUUGCUUAUACCAGCUGUUUAUGCCACCCACCUGCACCAACCUGGCUCCCUGCUCUCAGGUCCCAGUAAGGAUUGAGCUGUUUCUGCAGCCUCUGCCACCAGAAAUGCUCCUCACCUUACUAGUACUGGCAGCUCCAGUGAGCAGGUGAGCAGAACUGUGGGAAUGGGGAUUAAGAGGUACCCAUGGUCAGGAAGCUGCUUCCUGGGACAUCAGGCCCGAGGCUGAAGUUCACUCACCCACAGGCAAAUUUCUCCCCAAACUCUCCAUUCCAACCAUUCCAUAAGCCAGUUUGGCUCCUGAGUCUUCAUGUGUUGAUGGUCUCAACCCAAGGGAAGUGUCACCCCCUCUCUGCCAGAGCUGCAGAUACUGUAAGCAUCCUCACUGCCCAUGGAGAAGGGAGUUUUAGUUCCAAGGAGGCAGAGGAUUUCUGGGUGCAGCGCUCUGCCCCGAUGCACCAGCCCAACAGCUUGCAGAAAUGCAACAACAACACAGAGCACAAAAGGGAUUUAGUUUUGGGGUUGUUUUGGUUUUUUUUUUUCAACUUAAAGCAUUUUGUUGCUAGCUCCUGAACUGUACCUACUGUCCCUGGGAGCAAGUUCAAACCCUGUGGAUAGCUGAGCAGGAACAUCUGAACCCUGACUAGUUUUAAGGAGCCAAGGAGAGAUGCUGAGCACAGGUACAUGUCGUUCCGGGCACAGCCUGCACUGCUUCCCACCCCAAGGUCCAUAUGAAUGCUAGUGAGCAAUAUCUGCAACAAGAAGCAGAAAAGAACCUUGAACUCCUUCCCCAGCAGCCCAGAGAGGUUUCCCAUCCCUGUUUCCUCCCCCUUGCUCCCAACAAGGAGACAGAGGUGGUUUCCCAGGGCAGGGGCUGGGCUUUCGGAUCAGCCAGAUGCUGUUGCAGGAGGGCAGGACUAGGAGAUACUUGUCCAGCUGAAUGAAGGUCUUGUGGGGCUUCUGCCUGAUGCCAAACCAGCCCUACUGGAGCCCUCCCUGCCUGGGGAGAGCCACUGUAGGAGCUCCUGGCCCAGUGCAGAGCCCAGCCAAGAAAGCAGCUUGGUGCUUCAAGGACUGAAAGGAGAAAUCCAAGCUUAAUGCCUCCUUAAAAAGCAAAAGGAAAAAAAAAAGGCAAAUAGUUUAGCUCUCUUAACCAGACUGGCUGGCAGCAGGGCAGACUGGCUCAUUGCCCAGGGUGGCAAGUGCUUUCCUUUCCAUGAACAAGAGAUAAGAUUCCAAGUGGGUCACCCAUCACAAGCACUCCUGAACAUGGAAAAAUAAAUUCACAACAGCAAAUUGAGAAGUGGCCUUUUUUUUAAAGCCCAUGUCUGUUUUAGGCAAAUCUGAAGAAACUGCAGUGCUAUUGCUCUACUGAAUAAACCAUAUUGAAGGACUUGGGAUUUAAGAUGGUUGAUGUUCAUCUAGAAAUAGGGAGAUUUCAUCCCCCGCUGCCUGAGGUUUUGUCUGAGGCCUCUUGCUGCAACACUAAAACCACCUCAAGCCCGAAAUGAAUUUAAAUGCUCUUUGAUCUCUUCCCAAGACUUACAAUUACGGUUAAAAAGAAAUAUUCUUUUCUCCAUCCUCUUGAAGAAAGUGAACAGCAAGUUUAGGUUUGAGGAGAGGAGCUCCUCAGUGACUUUGAGGCCCACAGGUUCCACCACCACCAUAGACCUCAGGGAUGUUGCAACAAUUGAUGAAGGAGGAGGUAAAAGCAAGAAGUGAUGACUGUUCAAACAGUGUUGCUCUGAGCUGCAAGAUAAUGCAGAGCAGUUGGUUGCAUGUAUUACUAAUAGAGACAAAUAUGGGAAAAGUAAGGUUUCAAUUUCCCAAGUUUGUGCCCUCACUGCAAAACAGUCAUGGGAUCCUGAGGAACAGGAUGGAAAUAUUCAGAGCGACUCCUUAGACUCAGAGAUUGAGUUUUAAUUUGAUCUGGAUUCAAAAAACAGGGAGGUGCUGGAAACAUGACCCCUCAUAAAAAUGAUGAGGCAGCAGGAGCAAGCUUACAUCCUGAAAGAGUUAAGGGAAUUUUUAGACAUCUAUCAGCAAAGGAGUGGAGAAAACACUCCUUGAGCUUGGGAUAAUGGAGCUGCAUCUAUUAAUUUAUUAGCAUGUGAAAAAGAUUUGUUUAGCCUUAUAGCCAAUGCUGAUCAGACACAAGGAUAUGCUCCAUUGCAAAAUAUCAGAGAUUCUGAUGGAUGAGAUAUUCUUGUAAAUACAUUGUAUCAGUGGUUGCAUUCAUCAGCUUUAAUAGCAUAUACAGAACCUGACGAAUUAGUGUCAUCCCUCGGGAACUGGUGUACAAUGGAAGAUGGUAUUUAUUUGGUGCAGCAGACGGCAAUGGCAGUUUUUGAGAGGAAUGCCUGUCUCACUAAAACCCUUGAUUAUACGAGCAGUGACAAAAGCUAUGGGUAAUACAGGCACCCUAAAAGAUACCUUGAGGACAAUUAGGGCCGUAAUUUCAUGGCAGUCUAUUCAGGUGGUAAAGGAAGGAAAGCUGGCAAAACCAAAAGAAUUUACAUUGUGGGUGAUGAGGAAACAGACAUGGAAUGAUAUUGUACAAGCUGAUAUCCCACAAUCAAAAAUAGAUGGGAUCACAACAUCAGAAAUGUUUUGUCAAUGACAAAAGUUGGCUUUUAUAUAAAAAAAAAAAAACACCACACCUAUCCUCAUCACCAAUUCUGUGCCCAACCUCCACCCUAUCUACCACCCCAAUGUAUGACACUACAUUACAAAUGCCAAAGCAACAGAAACUAAUGUUUGGCAGGUCCCCCAAAAUUGUGCCCACAGCAGCCCGUGAGGGGGACUGACACCCCUGUGUUCCUUUAACUAUGAAGUGACAGGCUGGCAAGAUUUUGUACAUAUUAGCUCUCCUGAAUACUGGAGCUGAAGUUAUUGUAUUGCACAGUGAUAUCAAUAAUAGAAAAGCUGUAUCACAGAUAUGAGGAUUGGAGGAAAGUUUGAUCCUGGCCCUCCAAGCUGAGAUUGCUGCACGAUUGAAACUUUAAAUGGUCACUUGUUUCAGGACUUCCCAAGCAGCAUUUGCCAUUUGAUCUCUAACUGUCCUGCAUGGAUUCCCAAAGUGGGAUCUGGUUGUGCUGCCCAUGCCUACCAGGGUGGUAACUGUAAAUCAGUAUUGUAUUCCAGGGGCAGAGGAGGAAAUUACCCAAACCAUUCAGGCACCUCAAGAAUCAGGAAUUGUUAGGGAAACUGUGACUGCCUUUAACAACCCCAUUUGGCCUGUCAAAAAAGCAGAUGACACUUGGAGAAUGGCUGUAGAUUACAGAGAACUGAAUAAAGUUACCCCUUCCUCCUUGUAGUUACAGUACCAGACAUGAUUACUCUCAUAGAAAAAAAAAACAACAAAAAUGUACAGCCUUGGAAUGUGGAGAUAGAUGUUGCUAAUCUUGUCUUUUCUAUAAUUGCUUCAGAAAGCCAAGACCAGUUUGCCUUUACCUGGCAACAAAAGCAAUAUAGUUCCAGGUAUUGCCUCGAGGCUACAAACGCAGUCCCUCCAUUUGCCACCAAAUGAUAGCAGCUGAUGUAGCACUAUGGUCUGGUACUGUCACUGUUUACCAUUAUAUUGAUGAUCUAUUGAUUAAGUCAGACUCAAAACCAGAAACUGAAACAGCUGCUGAAUUGGUGAUGGCACGUUUACAAUAUCAAGGCUUCUUAAUCCAAGGAAAAUACAGGGCCCUAGUGCUACUGUACAAUUUUUGGGAAUAUUUUGGCAUGGACAGAUUAGAGAAAUACCAAAUAAGGUACAGCAAACAGUCCAGAGAUUUCCUGUACAAACCACAGUUAUAGACUUUUUUUUUACUUUUAGGUUAUUGAAGAACUUUUGUGCCUAUACUAGGGGAAGCUCUCCAGGUAUCCCUACAUCUCCUGUGGAGGAGGCAUUCCCUUAUGACAAGUUAAUAGAAGAGCACAAAGAAGAUGCCUAGUUUACUGAUGAAAGCACAACAUACAAAGAAACUACAGGGGAAAUGGAAUUGUUUACACCUACAGAUUGCACACUGAGAGUACAACCUAUUACUCUAGAUGUGAAGAUUCAUAUAGUAAUCCCUUAGAAUGCUGUAUGGUUCUGUACCCCAAUGUAUUAUCUUAUUUUACAUCCUUUGUUGAUAUCAGAUUAUUGAGUUCUUGUAUUUCAGAUAUCUUUGACAAACACCGGUGUCUGAUCUAGAAGAGACAGUAUUGGAACAGUAUUACUGGUAUCACAAACCCAACAUCGAAUUGAAGUCAAAUCUGAAAAAGUGAAGUUACAGCUCUCCAAUGUGUAUGGGCAAUUACCCCACAUCAUGUUCCCAAACCCAGACUAAUAUUACCUGAAGGAGCUGGAGCAACAGCAUAUGUAUUACCGAAAGAAGAUGAUACUCCUGUUUUUCUCUUUUAUCACAGGUUGGCUUGUUGUGCUUUGUAGUUUGUGCUACAAACACAUACACUGUACAUAUUUCUGCAAGAUCACUAUGGCAACAUUUAACUCAGCCUCCACUGUAACUACCUCAUCAGACUUUUACACUGAAGGAGGUUCAAACACUACAAACCUUUAACAAUGUGCUGGAGAUGUGUCCUUCAAGGGAGCUCAAGGACAACAAGAAGAGCUUCUUCAAAUACAUUGCAGACAAAGCUAACGCUAGAGGCAAUGUAGGCCCACUGUUGAAUGAGGUGGGUGCCCUGGUGACAGAGGAUACAAAGAAGGCAGAAUGCCUUCUUUGCCUCUGUCUAUACUGCUGGAGACUGUCCUCAGGAGCCCCAGACUCCAGGGGAAGUCAGGUUAAAGGAGAAUUUUUGUUUAGUUGAUGAGGACUGGGUUAAGGAUCAAUUGAGCAAUCUGAAUGUGCAUAAAUCCAUGGGCCCCAAUGGGAUGCACCCGCGGGUCCUGAGGGAGCUGGCGGAAGUCAUUGCUAAACCACUCUCCAUCAUCUUCAGUAAGUCAUGGAGAACAGAAGUGCCUGAGGACUGGAGGAAAGCAAAUGUUACUCCAGCCUUCAAAAAGGGUAAGAAGGAGGAGCCCCACAGACCGGUCAGCCCCACCUCCAUCCCUGGAAAGGUAAUGGAAUAACAUAUCCUGGAUGCUGUCUCCAGGCAUUUAAAGGACAAGAGGGUCAUUAGGAGCAGUCAACAUGGCUUUACCAAAGGGAAGUCAUGUUUGAACAACCUGAUAGCCUUUUACAAAGAUAUGGCUAGAUGAUCCUAGUGCAGUGAAUGUGAUUUAUCUCCAUUUCAGUAAAGCAUUUGACACCAUCUCCCACAGCAUCCUCAUGGCAAAACUGAGAAGAUGUGGGCUGGAUGAUCAGGUAGUGAGGUGGAUUGUUGAAGGGAAGAAGGCAGAGAGUUGUGAUCAAUGGGGCAGAGUCUAGUUUGAGGCCUGUAUCCAGUGGAGUCCCUCAGAGGUUGAUGCUGGGACUGGUACUAUUCAAUCUAUUCAUUAAUGACCUUGCUGAGGGAAUGGAGGGCACUGUCAGCAAGUUUGCUGAUGAUAUUAAACUGAGGGGAGUGGCUGAUAACCCAGAAGGCUGUAUUGCCAUUCAACAAGACCUGGACAGGCUGGAGAGUUGGGCAGAGAGAAAUCUAAUGAAAUUCAACAAGGGCAAGUGUAGAGUCUUGCAUCUGGGAAAGAAUAACCCCUUGUACCAGUACAGGUUGGGGAAUGAACUGUUAGAGAGUAUGAGAGGGAAAAGGGACCUGGGAGUCUUGGUGGACAGCAGGAUGAGCAUGAGCCAGCAAUGUGCCCUUGUGGCCAAGAAGGCCAAUGGCAUCCUGGGGUGGAUUAGAAGGGCUGUGGUUAGUAGGUCAAGAGAGGUUCUCCUCCCCUUCUACUCUGCCCUUGUGAGACUACAACUGGAAUACUGUGUCCAGUUCUGGGCCCCUCAGUUCAAGAAGGACAGGGAGCUGCUGUAGAGAGUUCAGCACAGGGCCACAAAGAUGACAGAGUGGAACAUCUCCCUUUGUGAUGAAAGGGUGAGGGAGCUGGGACUCUUUAGCUUGAAGAAGAAGAUUGAGGUGUGACCUCAUUCAUGUUUACAAAUACAUAAAGUGUGAUUCUCAGGAGGCUGGAGCCAGGCUGUUCUCAAUUAUGUCCAAUGAUAGGACAAGGGGCAACUGGUACAAGCUGGAACAUAAGAGGUUCCAAAGAAAUACAAGGAAUAACUUCUUCCCCGUUCAGGUGAAGGAGCACUGGAAGGAGCUGCCCAGAUGGGUUAUGGAGUCUCCUUCUCUGGAGACAUUCCAAACCCACCUGGACAAGUUCCUGUGUGACCUACUCUAGGUGGUUCUGCUCUGGCAUGGGGAUUGGACUGGAUGAUCUCUCAAGGUCCCUUCCAACCCUUAAGAUUCUGUGAUUCUGUUUCAUUGGUGUGCCAACCCCAGUAGCUGUAUUACAGGAUUAUACUAUGUUAAGUAAUUUUGACAUUGCUAUUUCCCAUAGCUUUGUGUGUUUUUCUUUUCUCCUAAGUAGCUGAUGGCUGUACACCUAUGAACAUUAAAAAAUGGAGUGACUUGAGACUGUUUCAUCCUUUGACACCAUAAGCACUGCAUCUAUUUUGAAGGCAUGAAUCACUUCACUGUGACGAAUCAGCCAGCAUAGAGAAUGACGUUAAACUUCUCCAACAGUUAAAGCCUUACACGAUACAAUCUGCCUGUCUGGUUGACUGGUUUAACUCCGUGACAGAUGUAUGGGACAUCUGAUUUAAAGCACUAUUGUAGAGAUAUUUUAAUUCCUUCUUUCUCUGUGUGUUUAUUACAUGCCUCUUGGAAUCAUUAUGCCCUACACCCACAAAUCCAAAUUAACACCUCCACCUUUGCCAGCGCUAGUAAAAGUGGUCAUGAUGAUUUUGGGGUGGAAUGUGGGAACAUAACGUAAGAUU